AUGACAUUAGCAACAUGGAAUAUUGGUUUAGAAGAACAACAAGCAUUUGAACGGACAUCAUCGAUUAUCAAAGCUAUUCGUGAGAAAAAUGUUGAUAUUCUUUGUUUACAAGAAGUAUGGGGUGGUCCACAAAUUUUACGUCUAAUUUAUCAAUCCGUCAAAGACAUUUAUCCUCAUUUUGAAGUCGUAAAGGAUCAAAUGCGUGAUUAUAUUAGUAGUAAUCAAUUACCACCACACACAUACAGUCCUGCGUGUAUAGCUUCGAACAUAACGAAUGCACAAAUUUGUCUUUUUACACAUUGUUCUAGUUUUAGUGGUUCAGCGCAACUGGUGUGUGCCAUGACUCAAUGUUCAACAAACUUUCUAACUCUUUAUAGCAAUUCAAAAUGUUGGGCAUGCAUUUUUGAUCGAUUUAUUAGUUGUGGUGAUCCAUUAGGGCUGAAUUAUUGUGGUGCAGUUAAUGUAUAUCAAUUGCUUAGUACUUCACCAGGUAUUAUUCCUAAUUCAACCGAAGCUCCUUGGGAUCAUUCAAUAGGUCUGAUGAUAUUAGCAAAACGGCCAUAUCCAUUAAAGAAACUAGCGGCUAAUUUAUAUUCAGAUUUUUAUGUUUUUCCUCGUGGUUAUAUUAUUGUUAGUCAAGAAAACAAACAGUUAAUUAUUGCUAAUACACAUGUAGCUACAAUUGAAACACCUUUUCCUCAUGGACCUAUUGGAUCAUUUCCUAAUAAUAAAUAUGGUAGUUGGAAUGAUGAAAACAAAGGUCAAAUAAAAGAACUUGAAUCACUUGUUUGGAAUUUUUUACUUAAUAAUAAACAGAAAUAUAAAAAUGCUAUUAUGGCAGGUGAUUUUAAUAUGGGUAUUGAUAAUUUUGAACAUAAUGUAUUAGCGCUUCAACCUGAUAGUUGGAAUUAUAUUCAUCAAUUGAGUGAUGCUGAUGGAUCAACAAGAUGGUCUGAUGAUUAUACAGAAAUGCAUAGUCUUUGUACACGAUGUACGGAUAAUCUUGUUGUUACAUUUUCUAAUAACUAUAUUUAUGAUCAUAUUUUUACACAUGGAUCUAUGUUUAAUCCAUUUAACUUAUUUACACGACGCAUAUUCGAUGAUCGAAUACAAAUCAAUUCUACAAAUGGAAUAAUGAUAACAAGUCUUUCAGAUCAUUAUGGCAUUGAACUCAUUAAUACUUGUUAA